GUCCAAAACGUCAGUCAACAUUCCUAUAGUGGUCACUCAACUUGGUGUAUUUGACAGCAAUUCUGAUGGCUUUAAACAUGGUUUGGUUGUAAGACUGUAUGACCAUGCAUCUAAGGUUGAGGUAGUCAAUGUCAGUUUUACUCCAGAUGAUCCGGGGCAGCUCAUUGGUGGCUAUAGAUUCAAGCUUGUUGAUCAGUAUAUUCUACCAAAGGGAUUUGAAGCAUCAGUUGUAGCAGAAAACUUUAGCAGCUUUGACCCAAGCCAUGAUAAACCUGUGGAACAUAGCGCUAUUGAUAAUGGUGGUGGUCUGAUAACCUUUAACAGGGUCAGCAGGUUUGGUAUGGUUCAAGGUGUUUUUCCUGAUAUUGAAGAGUCUGCCCUUGAAGACCAACAUUAUUAUACAGCUGGGACGUUUGUUUACCGUGCAUAUGUUUUCAAUUCUGAAGAGUUUUUGGAAGAGAAUCAAAGCAAAAAGCAGCAAGAGGCAAAAGCAAGGGAAGAAGAAAGAUCAGAAAUUGUAAGAAGAGAAGAAGAACAACUACAAAAAGAGAWCCUUGAACAUGGAGAUUUACUCGUGGUUGAUGCUGUGGAGGUGUACAGAAACCUACCACGCAAGAUGCUGCUAUUUUACAAAUGGGCUUCAGAAAAUGUUAAUUUCAACUUCAUUUUAAAAACUGAUGACGACUGCUUCCUCAACGUAGAUUCCAUCCUCAAUGAUCUGAAGGCCUAUGGACUACACGACAAAUCAAAACUCUGGUGGAGUGGAUUCCGUCUUGAUUGGCCAGYGGAACGAUACGGUAAAUGGCGGGAACCAGAUUACAGUGCAAGUGUGUAUCCAGCGUUUGCUUGCGGUGCUGGAUACAUGCUGUCUGCUGACCUAGUAAAAUGGCUGGCUCAAAAUUCCAAGGCCUUGAAGCCUUACCAGGGUGAGGAUGUUUCUCUUGGGAUAUGGUUAUCAGCUGUAGGGCCAAAAUUAGUCAAGGAUUACCCGCGAUGGGCAUGUUCAAGAGGUUGCAGCAAGGACAUGUACACUUCGCCUGAGAAUGACCCUCAGGAACUAAUAGAGCUGUGGACAAACCUGAAACAAUGUGGUGACCCUUGUGGUUGUACCUAAGGUAUAAUGGACCAAGGAGGUCGCAGCAAGGACAUGUACACAUCCCCUGAGAAUGACCCUCAGGAACUAAUAGAGCUGUGGACAAACCUGAAACAAUGUGGUGACCCUUGUGGUUGUACCUAAGGUAUAAUGGAC